AUGGCAGAUGUCCCUCCUCCCAGCAUGGCAGAUGUCCCUCCUCCCAGCAUGGCAGAUGUCCCUCCUCCCAGCAUGGCAGACUUCCUUCCUCCCAGCAUGGCAGAUGUCCCUCCUCCCAGCAUGGCAGACUUCCUUCCUCCCAGCAUGGCAGAUGUCCCUCCUCCCAGCAUGGCAGAUGUCCUUCCUCCCAGCAUGGCAGAUGUCCCUCCUCCCAGCAUGGCAGACUUCCUUCCUCCCAGCAUGGCAGAUGUCCUUCCUCCCAGCAUGGCAGACUUCCUUCCUCCCAGCAUGGCAGAUGUCCCUCCUCCCAGCAUGGCAGACUUCCUUCCUCCCAGCAUGGCAGAUGUCCCUCCUCCCAGCAUGGCAGAUGUCCUUCCUCCCAGCAUGGCAGAUGUCCCUCCUCCCAGCAUGGCAGACUUCCUUCCUCCCAGCAUGGCAGAUGUCCUUCCUCCCAGCAUGGCAGAUGUCCCUCCUCCCAGCAUGGCAGACUUCCUUCCUCCCAGCAUGGCAGAUGUCCCUCCUCCCAGCAUGGCAGAUGUCCUUCCUCCCAGCAUGGCAGAUGUCCCUCCUCCCAGCAUGGCAGACUUCCUUCCUCCCAGCAUGGCAGAUGUCCUUCCUCCCAGCAUGGCAGAUGUCCCUCCUCCCAGCAUGGCAGACUUCCUUCCUCCCAGCAUGGCAGAUGUCCUUCCUCCCAGCAUGGCAGACUUCCUUCCUCCCAGCAUGGCAGAUGUCCCUCCUCCCAGCAUGGCAGACUUCCUUCCUCCCAGCAUGGCAGAUGUCCUUCCUCCCAGCAUGGCAGAUGUCCCUCCUCCCAGCAUGGCAGAUGUCCCUCCUCCCAGCAUGGCAGACUUCCUUCCUCCCAGCAUGGCAGAUGUCCCUCCUCCCAGCAUGGCAGACUUCCUUCCUCCCAGCAUGGCAGAUGUCCCUCCUCCCAGCAUGGCAGACUUCCUUCCUCCCAGCAUGGCAGAUGUCCUUCCUCCCAGCAUGGCAGAUGUCCCUCCUCCCAGCAUGGCAGAUGUCCCUCCUCCCAGCAUGGCAGACUUCCUUCCUCCCAGCAUGGCAGAUGUCCCUCCUCCCAGCAUGGCAGACUUCCUUCCUCCCAGCAUGGCAGAUGUCCCUCCUCCCGGGCUCCUGCAGGAUAGGAUGAGUUGA